AUGCCCGGUGACUCCUCCUCGUCGUCAUCCUCCUCCUCUCCUUCUUCCUCUUCCUCUUCUCACCAGAACAACCCUACCCUCUCGAGAAUACGCAGUAUCGCAUCACACAUCAUGCCGCCCGUUGCAGCAACAAGUUUCCCCGCCGACACGGUGCCUCAAGCUCCUGAGGAUCCCCUCUUCGGCUUGAUGGCUGCCUACAGGGCCGACGAGAGCAAGGACAAGGUCGACUUGGGAAUUGGAGCUUACCGCGAUAAUAACGCGAAGCCUUGGGUGCUCCCCGUCGUCAAAAAGGCCGACGAGAUCCUUCGCAAUGACCCAGAGCUGAACCACGAAUAUGCUCCCAUCGCCGGAAUACCGGCCUUCACCGGCAAGGCGAACGAGCUGAUGCUCGGUGCCGACUCGCCCGCCAUCCGCGAGAAGCGCACCACCUCCGUCCAGACCAUAUCCGGCACCGGCGCCGUCCACCUGGGCGCCCUUUUCCUCGCAAAGUUCUACAAGGGCAACCGCACCGUCUACAUCUCCAACCCGACAUGGGCCAACCACAACCAGAUCUUUGGCAACGUCGGCCUGCCCAUUGCCCAGUACCCUUACUUCUCCAAGCAAACAAAGGGCCUCGACUUUGACGGCCUGAAGUCCGCUUUGUCCUCCGCCCCCGAGCGUUCCAUCAUCCUCCUCCACGCCUGCGCCCACAACCCUACCGGCGUCGACCCCACCCGGGAACAGUGGAAGGAAAUCGCUGCUCUGAUGCGCCAGAAGAAUCACUUCCCCUUCUUUGACUGCGCUUACCAAGGCUUCGCCUCGGGCAACCUCGCUCAGGAUGCGUGGGCCGUGCGCUACUUCAUCGAGCAGGGUUUCGAGCUGCUCAUCGCCCAGAGCUUCGCAAAGAACUUUGGUCUCUACGGCGAGCGCGCCGGAUGCUUCCACUUCGUCACCGCACCCGCCCCCGAUGCCGCCCAGACGACCUCCCGUAUCGCCUCCCAACUCGCCAUCCUCCAGCGCUCUGAGAUCUCCAACCCGCCGCUAUAUGGCGCUCGCGUUGCUGCGACGGUGCUCAACGCCCCCGAGCUGUUCGCCGAGUGGGAGGAGAACCUGCGUACCAUGUCUGGCCGCAUCAUCGAGAUGCGCAAGGUACUGCGCGCCAAGCUCGAGGAACUCGGCACCCCCGGCACAUGGAACCAUAUCACCGACCAGAUCGGCAUGUUCAGCUUUACCGGUCUAUCCGAGACCCAGGUGCUGAAGCUGCGUUCCGAUGCACACGUCUACAUGACCAAGAACGGCCGUAUCAGCAUGGCUGGUCUCAACACGAGAAAUGUUGACUACUUUGCCAAGGCUGUCGACAAGGUCGUCCGCGAGACACAGUAG